AUGGAAGAAUCAGGUGCAGAAACUCAUGAUUUCAUGAACAUAGAAUCUUUCUCUCAACUUCGCUUCAUCCCUCACUUGCCACCCAAAAAGAAUUCCAUUCGACUCUUUGGGAAAGAAUUUGGUGGCAGUGAUCCAACCACCAUUAUCACCGACGAGUUCAGUUCGGCCGAUGACAGUACCGCCACCGUCAUCCACCACGAAACCAAAGACAACGGAGAAAGUCGCCGGAAGUUUGAGUGCCAUUAUUGCUGUAGAGACUUCCAAACAUCUCAAGCCCUAGGAGGCCAUCAAAAUGCACACAGAAGGGAACGAUUACACGCCAAGCGAACCCACAUCCAUUCCGUCAUGAUCCACGGCAGCUCCGCCGUAAACCACCACCACCACCAUGUCACCACCACGUCAACGCCAUCCUAUCAGCAUCACCACCAUCAGAGUACCAAUUGCAUUACAAAUAAUGGCACCAGUAUUAGGUUUCAAGAAAAGAUAACCUCUUAUACCUCCCAUCAAACACGUGCCAUCGCCGGCAGACCAUUCGCCUCCACGGCGGUGCGAAGCUCAACGGACUUUAACGGUGGUGGCGGCUUAUUGAAUUCCUCCGGCGCCGGCUCUUGUUCUCCGAUUCUAUACAUGCAUGAAUCGAGGUCAAGCUUUUAUGAUCAAGUUAGUUUAGAUUUGCAUCUUUAA